CAUCAUAUCCCCCAUCUCUCCGGUGCUGGCUCACCUUCUUGGCGACAGACAAGAUGGAAGUACGGGAUAGUGAUGAAAAGCUAAAGAAGCUAUUGGAAGGUCUAAUAAUAGAUGUGGAAGGAGCACAAACACAAAACAAAGAUCCAAAUGCUCCACCUGCUCUACCUUUGAUCGAUCAAUUAAGACUUCUUUCGGCACAUAUUGAUUCUUAUCGAAAGACGAUUGCAGAAACGGUAACAAAAGCAGAAAGUAUAGCACAAAUCGAAAAACAUGAACGAUCAGGAUCAAAAAUACAAAGCAGACUUGAAGAAAUCGAAAGCAAGAUCAAACGAUUAAGUGAGGAUAAACGUAGUACGACGGAUGGAACAGAGGUGGACAUUCUGCAAUUGAAUGUUUCUAGAUCGGUAGCAGAAUAUGUCAAAUCAAAACAGGAUCACGAGAAUAGACGACAUACUACGAUCCUUGCUACUGCUUUGCGGGAAGCUGUCGCUGCUGUUGAAGAAUUAGAGGUCAGGGUACAAGCAGGUGAAUUUGAUCCAAAGGGACUACGAGAAGAGAUUGCUAAAGCUCAAAAGCAAUGUGCUAGAUUGGGUAUACAGUCUGGAAAACAAGAUAUGGAGAGUGACGUGCAAUUCGGAUGGCUGGGUACAGGUCCUUCCGCUCCUCCGGCAAUACAGCAACUCGGGCAACGACUCAAUCUGCUCAUCAAGCAAGUGGAACAGAUCAUUCAUGAGUCUUGGCAUGACUGCUUGAGGAUAGGAGUCUCGGAGAAUGAAGGCCAAGCAAGUGUCACAGUGGCUCGUCAGAGCAAUGUCGAAGUGGGAGGGCAACAAACGCAGCUCAGCCUUGACAACUUGCUUGCUUUGCUACAGGAUCGGGCAGAAUUGAUACCACUCUUGAACAAAUUCAGCAACGAUUUGCUCCGGAACAUUAUCACGCCAUUACUCGCGAUACCUCAGAGUGCAACAACAAGCCAUUGGCAGGACGUGAGCUCCAGUGGAUCAUGGCAAGCUGCGCUGCGUAGCGGAGAAGCGAAGCAGGAAUCAGCUCUGCAAGCAAUAAGUGCACUGCUAGUAUACAUGAACGAACACCUUUUUAAGGUGGCAGACAAAGUAGGAUCACUGGGAAAGCUCCAGUUCGAAUUCUCUAGGAUCGUCGUUCCUGCAACUGUUCCGCUCGUCAUUAAAUAUCUGAAGGGCCUACUACCGAAAUCUCUGCAGAAGCCCAUCAAGCAAGAGACCUUGGGGUCACUUUCUGCUGUUUCAGAGAUCGCAGUCACUGUACAUGCUUCAUUGAAGGACAAUAAGUAUCUGAUAGGUGGUCUAGAAGAAGAAGGAGAGGAGUUGCUUGAUUUUGCCCACAACACAGGACGAUACUUUCUACGUCACCUUGCAACGAUAUCACGAUCACAGGCUCGUGAUAUGCUACUGAAGGAAAUGAAUGGAGGAUGGGAAGGUGUCAAGGUGGAAAUGGAAGUUGAGGUAACGGAACCGCCACAACCUAUUGCAAAAGUACAGCCAGAGCAAGUGCGGGUCUCGACAACGAACGAGGAAGCAGAGGAUGAGGAUUGGUCAGCAUGGGAUGAUGCAGGUGCGCAAGGGGAAAGUCAUCUAAGCGUGGCGAAUGUAAAGAAGGCAGCAGGACUUGAUGUCAGGCCAACAAGAGUGGCUUCAGGCUUAAGUCAACGUUCUGCAUCUCCUGCUUCCAUUACCUCAAAUCGAGCCAGGCAGAAAAAGUCUGCCUUGGGCGGAGUUCGUGUAGUCAAACCACAAGACCAAUUGGGCAGCGGACCUUUUCCAGAUGAGAACCUAGAUGAAAGUAGCUGGGGAUUCGAUGAAGGUGAACAGUCUCAUGCAACGCAAUCCUCUUCUAGCAAGAUUCCAAAUUCUGCACAUGCUUCGAUGUCGGUCCCUGACGAUGAGGAAGAUGCUUGGUUUCAAGAGGAGCCAGCUGAACAAUCUAUUGCUUCGGCUGCGCAUACAUCUACCUCUGCCAAUAAUUCCAGUGUUUCAGCACCUCCACCAUUAGACGAUGAGGAUGAUGGAGACGCUUGGUUUCAAGAAGAGCCGGCUGAACAAUCGAAUAUUUCCGCUGUGCGUGCGCCUGCAUCUGCCAACAAUUCCAUCAUUUCAGCGCCGCAGCCCCUAGCUGAUGAGGACGAUGGAGAUGAAUGGUUACAAGGAAAGGCAGCUGAGCAAUCGAAUGUUUCCGCUGUGCAUACAUCCACAUCUACCAGCAAUUCCAAUAUCUCAGCACCGCCGCCAUUGGAUGGUGAGGAGGAAGGAGAUGCAUGGUUCCAGGAAGAGCCAGCUGAACAAUCAAUUACCUCCGCUGCGCAUACGUCUACAUCUAUCAAUCACUCUAAUCUUUCAGCACCGCCGCCAUUAAAUGGUGAGGAUGAUGGAGACGCUUGGUUUCAAGAAGAGCCAGCUGAGCAAUCGAAUAUUUCCGCUGUGCAUGCGUCCACAUCUGCCAACGACUCCAGUGUCUCAGCGCCGCAGCUCUCAGCUGAUGAGGAUGAUGGAGAUGCAUGGUUUCAAGAAGAGCCAGCUGAGCAAUCAAAUGUUUCCGCAGCGCAUACGUCCACAUCUGCCAACAAUUCUAACAUCGCAGCACCGCCGCCAUUACAUGGCGAGGACGAUGGAGACGCUUGGUUUCAAGAAGAGCCAGCCGAACAAUCCAUUGCUUCGGCUGCACAAACGUCAGCAUCUGCAAAUCAUUCUAAUAUCUCAGCACCUCCUCCCUUAGCAGAUGAAGAUGAUGGAGAUGCAUGGGUUCAAAGUGAGCCUGUGGUCAAAAAAGCAACACCUGUUGAAACAAUUUCACAGUCUUCUUCGUUAAGUUCCCCUGCGAUUAUCGAUCAUCAUGACUUGGACGAUGAGGAUAUCGAUGAAGAUGCUUGGGGACUAACAGAAGAGGAAAAAGCAAAACGUGCAAGUAUUCGAGCAUCUCGUGGAGGUCCGGAUUUGGCAAGCGCAUUCAAAGCUUUUGCUGAGAAAGAGAAAGCAGCAACUUCAAAAGAACGAACUGCCCCGCUGAUCGAUCUAACGGAAGAGGAUGAGCCAGACAAUUCAGUCAUAGUAAAGGAAGAUACGCAAGAGCCACUCAACGAAUCGACUUUUGAUGCGAUCUCGACCCCACUUUCACACGUCAAUGAGCCAUCUAUACAGAAAGAGACUUGCAUCAUCUCGCAGCGCUCUAUUGCUUUCGUCAAGUUGGCGAGUUCAAUGCUUGAUGACAUUAUUGCAAUUGAAGAGGAGAAUGAUGAUACGGCAUUAGGAUUGGAUAAUAAAUAUCUUGCUGAUGCUUUGGAUGAUAUCCUCGACUUACAUCGAGCAUUAAUGCCCGUUGGACAUGCUGAAACGCUGAAUAAUGUACCGACUCUGGCAGCACAGUUUGUAAACGAUUGUACUUACAUUGCGAAGGAGUUGGUCAAGCUGGAUGAAAGAUGGCAAGGGACAGCAAACACUAAAAAUUCAGGAGCUUUAUCUUUGGCAAAACAUGCCGAAUUGACCGUUUUGCUGGGUCAGAGAUCUUUUGAUGCACAGAUUCUGGUGCAACAACGUAUCUUAGCGGAAUGCCUUGCUGAUACACAUGGAUUUGCGGCAACGUACGAUGAGCCACGAUUUCAAGCAUGUAUGCGAUCUAUUCGUCAAGUGAUUGUUGUUUUGCAACAAUUGCAUUCUGCUUGGAAACCAGUUCUAACAACAUCGUCCCAUCAAGCCGCAAUGGGCAGAUUGAUCGACAGUGUUUUACAAAGGGUUCUACGUGAUGUCAUUGCAUUGGAAGAUAUCAGUGAAGUAGAAGGUGAAAAGUUGAGCGCUUUGGUGAAAGCUUUAGCAGAAUUGGAGGACAUUUUUCGAACUGAGAAACACAAGCAAGAAGAACAGCCGAACUCCGAUGUUGCAAUUCACGUUCCAAGUUGGUUCAAAGCAUCUUAUCUCAGUGAUAUCCUUACCGGUUCGUUGGUCGAUAUCGAGUUCUUAUACUUUGAAGCAGGCGCUUUGGUGGAUUAUACGAGGGAAGAACUUAUCAGUCUUAUCCGUGCUCUCUUUUCGGAUACGUCUAAACGUUCACGUUUGAUUGAGCGCAUUCAAUCAUCAUAAUUGUACAAGUAUGGUAUUAUCAUGAAAG